AUGACCUACCCCCGCAAUUCCCCCUACAAUUUGGCGAAGAUUUGUCGUUAUGCUGUUAGACAAAGUUGCGGACAUCUGGAAGACAUAAAUAUUGAGUAUUUUGGCACAAAUGAACUCCUCAUUAACAUCGCUAAUAGCACAAGCAACCUGCGCUGCAUUCGUGUUGCAAAAUGCCGAAAAUUUUCAGAAAAAGGAUUUAUUGAAGUUGUGAAGAAGUUUAAAAUGUUAGAGGAGCUUGACAUUUCACUUACCUACCUAUCUGAGGAUUCUUUUGAAGCUAUUGGUCGGUCUUGUCCUCUUUUGAAAACAUUAAAAAUUAACCAGGUGAUACAUUCACGUGGAUGCCUUGUCCCCUAUGCAGAUGAUGAGACGUUUGCUAUAGCAAAAACCAUGCCUGUACAGAUUAUGGGAAACUAUAUCUGUAAUGAUGCCUUACUUACCAUCCUCGAUGGUUGCCCUCUGCUUGAAUACCUUAGAGGGUGUCUUCUACUUGAUUUGAGUGGAAAUUUGGUGAAAAUGUGUCGUGAGAGGAUCAAAGUUGUACUGCUUCCAUUGGGAAUUGAUCGAUUAUAUAGUAUUUAG